UGGGCGCGCAGCCAUUGGCUCCUUCGCGCUCCCCUCGCUCUCGCCCGCCGGAGUCACCUUGGUCCCGGCGCGAGCGGAGCCGUCAUGGCGGCGUCGGGACCCGGCAAGCCCAAAACGUCGCCCAAGUCCGUCAAGUUCCUCUUCGGGGGCCUCGCCGGGUAAGAGCCGCCCCGAGACCCCCCCCAGGCCCGGCUGCGCGCGCCCCCGCCUCCGGCCGCAAGGGCUCAUGGGUAAUGGGGGGUCUCUUCUCCCCCCCCGACCCAAAGGCCCGCCUGCAGGCACCUCGUACUACAGUUCCCACCUGCUGGGAGUUGUAGUACGAGGCACCUGUAUUCUUUUUAAUCUGCUGCAAAGGCUCAUGGGUAAUGGGGGGUCUCUUCUCUCCCCCCCGACCCAGGGGCCCAGGCUCCGCCCCCCUGGGGCCCUGCAGGCACCUCGUACUACAGUUCCCACCUGCUGGGAGUUGUAGUACAAGGCACCUGGGAGGGAAACAGGUGUGUUUUUUUAAUCUGCUGCAAAGGCUCACGGGAAAUGGGGGGCUCCCCCAGCCCCAAAGGCACGCCUUCUCCCAUCCUGUGACCCUCCAGGUGACUGGCACCACAAUGAGGGGAAAGGAUCUGCUAGGGCAGCGGUUCUCAACCUGUGGGUCCCCAGAUGUUGUUGGACUACAACUCCCAUCAUCCCUGAGCUCUGGCCUUGCUAGCUGGGGGUGAUGGGAGUUGUAGUUCAACAACAUCUGGGGACCCACAGGUUGAGAAAGGCUGUGCUAGGGGGUCCACACUGAGGCAGGGAGAAGCAGGUGCACAACUAUGGGAUGGCAGCAGCAGCACAUGGGGAAAGAGUCAAGAGGGGGGACCACAAGCUGAACCUGAGACCACUGUGUGCUGCGGCAGCAAAAAAGGCGAACGCUGUUCUAGACGGCGUCCUCAGAAGUCUAGUGUCCAGAUCAAGGGAAGUCGCAGGGACUCGGGUCGUGGUGCAAGAGCGGAUGAGGCUGGCUAAGUGAGGAGUCCUAUAGAAUCUAUAGGGCUGGAAGGCAUCCUCUGAGGGUCAUCCCCAUGCAAUGCUGGAAUCACAACUGAAGAAUCCCCGGAAGACGGCCGUCCAAGCUGCAAAAGGAGGUUGCUAGAAAAGGGGAGCUCAAAUUCUCUGGUGCAGCAACUCCCCAUGGAGAGAGGUUAAAUGCUUAAACAGGGAACGUGAGUGAGAUAUGUACAAUUACAGGGGGGGAAGUAAGCUGGCUCUAGGUGCUGGGUGUUGCUGCUCUGGCUUGGGGAGGGGGGUCUUAUCACCUCCUUUAAGACGGGGGACACCUGACUUGCCAGCAGCUCAUGUGUAAAGGGUCGGGGGGGGGAGUCUUGGUGGACCACAAGCUAAACGUGAGCCAGCAGCGUGAUGCAGCAGCAAAAAAGGCUAAUGCAAUUCUAGGCUGCAUCCUCAGAAGCCUAGAGUCCAGAUCGAGGGAAGAAACAGUCCCACUCUAUUCCGACUUGGUCAGACCACACCUGGAAUACUGUGUCCAAUUCUGGGCACCACAGUUUAGGAAGGAUGUUGACCAGCUGGCAGGUGGGCAGAGGAGGGAAACCAAGAUGAUCAAGGGCCUGGAAACCAAACCUUGUGAGGAGUGGUUGAAGGAGCUUGGUAAGUUUAACACAGGAAAGAGAAGAGAUGAGAGCCAUCUUCAAACAUCUCAAGGGCUGUUCCAUGGAAGACAGAGCAAGCUUGUUUUCUCCUGCUCCAGAGGGUAGGACUCGAACCCACGGCUUCGAGUUACGAGAAAGGAGAUCCCGACUAAACACCAGGAAGAACUUUCUGGCAGCAAGAGCUGUUCAGCACUGGAAUGGAUGGACUUUGGAAGGUGGUGGACGCUCCUUGGCUGUUUUCAAAGAGAGGCCAUCCGCUCACAGAAUUAUAAAGUUGCAAGGGGCCACGAGGGUCAUGUGCUCCAACCCUGCGCAGGAAUCCUUUCGCCCAACGUGCCUCUCGAACCCACAACCCUGAGAUUAAAAGUGUCACGCUCUGCCUAUGGAGCUAAGCUUCUACACUGCCAGGGAUCCUUUAGCUGCGAUUCGUGCGUUGUAGGGGGACUAGAAUGGUUCUCAACCUGUGGGUCCCCAGAUGUUGUUGGACUACGACUCCCAUCAUCCCUAGCUAGCAAGGGAUGAUGGGAGUCGUAGUCCAACAACAUCUGGGGACCCCCAGGUUGAGAACUGCUGGACUAGAUGAUUCCACGAUCAUCUCACGAGGAUUCCACGAUUCAGUGAUCCGGGACUGAGCUACGCUGUGAUUGGAGUGGUGCUUUUUGUGAUGCCAGAACUGCUAAUCCGCUUAAGUGAGGGAUUAAACCGCAUCAGGGGAAGGGGCGAUGGAAUGCCAACUGCUCUGGCUCCCCUCCGGUCAAAUAUAGGGCUGUCUCACGGGGGAGCAGCUGGGGAGAGGAGGAAGAGGUGUGGCAAAGAGAGGAUUAGGGAGGAAGGUUUUUUGGGGGAACGGUCUCCUC